GAAUAGAAAAUUUUUUUAAAAAGUGCAGAAACUAUUUUUUUUCUAUUUUUAUAAUAUAGAAUAAUUUAUAAUUAUUUAUUCUUCUAUUUUGUUAUUAAAAAAAAAUGUUCUAAACUAAACAAAACUUAGUUUUGAAAUAAAUACGAAUUUAGUUAUGAAUCUAUGAAAUGAAUUUAAUUGAAACGAAUUUAAUUGUACAGGACGAACCUGCGGAGGAAGAAUUAAUGAGACUUCUUCAGUUUGCGCCAAUCAGGAAAAUAAGAGAUCUCAUUAUGAACUAUCCAUCGUUGGAUUUACAUUAUCCAAACAAAGAUCUGAGAACACCGUUGACAAUAGCCAUUGAUCGUGGAGAUUCACAAAUUUUAGCAUUGAUAAUAGACAAAAUUCCCACCGACUUGGAUUCUACAAUGACACAAUCUUGUGGAAAAUCAGCACUAAUGCACGCUUCGUAUUUUUCGGGAAAUUUGGAAAUUCUACAGAUUUUACUGAAGAAAGGAGUCGAUUUAUAUAAAAGAGAUAUAAGAGGAUGGAAUUGUCUCUAUUACGCAAUUGUUGGAAGAAAAAUCGAAAACGUCGAGUUUCUCCUAAAAUCCGGAUUGAAUGUAAAUUCCGAGGAUGAAUUAGGAAGAACACCUCUUAUGAUUUCAGUUUUUCUAUCAACAUUCGAUAUUUUCUCUCUACUUUUGGAUCACGACGCUGAUGUACAUAAACAAGAUAAAUUUGGAUUUACCGCCAUUGAAUUGGCAAUUUUAAGAAGAAAUAGAGAUUGUGUAAUUUCUCUGAUGAAAAAAGGAAGUGAUUUACGUAAAGUUACACCCUUCUCGAGAAAUACUAUUUUACAAUUAGCACAGGAACGUAUGUCUGACAUUCUUCCUGCAGUGAGAUCGAAUAAAAGAAGUUUAAAAACUCUUUCUCUGAAAGAAAAUAUGAAGUACAACUUUUAAAGAAUUGUUUAA